CUUGCCCGCUUGAGUCACGUGUCGGUGGAAGCGGGAAGGCGUAGUUCUUCACUAGCGCCCCCAUCCGCCAUGUUUUCAGGCCGAAUCUGACUCGGUCUUCCCCGUAAGGAAAUGGCCGGAGAGCUCUGGCGAGCCCAGGCGCCGUUCAUUCGGCGGCGCCUGGGCUGACGAGGCAGAGCAGCGGGAAACCCGAACAAUUCUGCUCGGAGAGGGAGAUCAUGGCGUCUAGCAGUAACUGGCUGUCGGGUGUGAAUGUCGUGCUGGUGAUGGCCUACGGGAGCCUGGUAUUUGUACUGCUGUUUAUUUUCGUGAAGAGGCAAAUAAUGCGCUUUGCAAUGAAAUCUAGAAGGGGACCUCAUGUACCUGUGGGACACAAUGCCCCCAAGGACUUGAAAGAGGAAAUUGAUAUUCGACUGUCCAGGGUUCAAGAUAUCAAGUACGAACCGCAGCUCCUUGCAGAUGAUGAUGCUAGACUGCUACAGCUGGAAACCCAGGGAAAUCAAAGUUGCUACAACUAUCUGUACAGGAUGAAAGCUCUGGAUGCCAUCCGUGCCUCUGAGAUCCCAUUUCAGGCUGAAGGCCGACAUCCUCGUUCUUUAAUGGGCAAGAAUUUCCGCUCCUACUUGCUAGAUCUGCGAAAUACCAGCACUCCUUUUAAGGGUGUUCGCAAGGCCCUCAUUGAUACUCUGCUGGAUGGCUAUGAGACAGCCCGCUAUGGGACAGGGGUCUUUGGCCAGAGUGAGUACCUGCGCUAUCAGGAGGCCCUAAGUGAGCUGGCCACCGUGAUCAAAGCACGAAUUGGGAGCUCUCAGCGACAACAUCAGUCAGCAGCCAAAGACCUAACUCAGUCUCCUGAAGUCUCCCCUACAACCAUCCAAGUGACAUACCUCCCCUCUAGUCAGAAGAGCAAGCGUGCCAAGCACUUCCUGGAGUUGAAGAGCUUUAAGGACAACUAUAACACAUUGGAAAGUACUCUGUGAUGAAGCAGAAGACUCACUGCAGAUUGAGCCAGACAGUCGCCGUUUGCAAGACAGGCUGCUUGCAGGGUGCAUUUGGGCCAUCCAGCUCGGCAGCCAAAGCCCCUGUUCUGGAAGGGUCAUUCCUGGCCUUUUUCUGAAAGGCAUUUCAGACCAUUAGUUAAGACUGCUUUCCCACUGUAGCACUUUUUUUCUGGAUUUUAAUUCGUGACGUUCUUACUGGGUUUUUGUCAGAUUUUCCUGAAGGUGUUUCUCUUAUUUUUGGCCGGCACUUACCCACCUUUUCCAGGCUGCUUUAUCUCAAAGGUGAGAAUUGAGAUGAGGUAUCUUUUGUGUCUACAGUGUUAUACUCAGUUGAAUGUGGACUAUUUGGGUUUAGGGUGUUUCAGAGUUACUGCUUGAUGGUAAAAGCAGAUAAGAUACCAGAUACAGUGGCUCACACCUGCAAUCCCAGCAAUCAGUCUGCAGCAGGAAAAUUUUGAGUUCAAGGACACCUUUAGCUAUAUAGCAAACUCAAGACCAGUUUGAGUUGCACACAGAAAAAAUACAGGGACUUCAAAACAGACAAACUGGUGGGGAGAGGUGGUAAGAAAGUAGUGGGGGGGCGGGCCAGGGAGAUAGCUCAGUGGCUUAAGUGACUGCCUGGCAAGCCCAAGGUCCAGAGUUCCAUCCCGGUUCCAGAAUAAAAAAAAGGUAGUAUGUGGAACAACUUAUCAUGGUACUCCACUGUAAAGCAAGAUAGAUACGUUGGAACAUUUAACACAAUUUUCCUGAUGAGCAAGGGUCUGCCCUCCCACUUCAAUUAAAAUUUUUUGUGAAUAUGAAUGUUCUUUUACCUAACAUAGACCAGGCAUGAUGGAGCAUGCCUAUAAU